UCGAUCCCACAGAAAAUAUAUAUAUAUAUAUAUAUAUAUAUAUAUAUAUAUAUAUAUAUAUACAGAAAGAAAAAAGUCUUAAAUUAAAUUCCUCUUAAAGAUGAAGAUGAUGUUUAGUUUGAAAGUUAUAACACUAGUUACAAUUCUUGCUGCUGCUGCAAUUCAGGCCAGAAAUGUUCCAGGAUAUUCGAAAAACAUAUUGGAUGAUCAUGAUGUCGAUAGCAUCAAAGGAGAAACUGAAACUUUAUUUACCAAUCGGGAUUCCAUGCAUAUGCCACGCUGGCUAAUCGGAAUCGGCCAUUACAUGCCACGUGUACGGUGUGAUAAGCACCACUCAACUCCGCCUGAUCUUGGCAAAGACGACCCACCGCCGCCGCCGCCGCCGCAGCCAGACUCUGGACCGCGGCAGCUUUAUUCAUACAGAAAUAUUCCUCUCAAUCUACAUAUUCUCAAUAAAGAAUAAAACUUAGCUCUUAUAUAGUACUACUAGCCCCCUCCACUUCUUUGAUACUUAACUGGUAGCAAUUGUAUUUUUGAAAAAUCUUUAGUGGGGGCUUAAGCCCCCCUCCACUUCUUGCUUGCUGUGUCUGCCGAUGAUAUAUAUAUAUAUAUAUAUAUAAAUGUCUGAGUAUGAAAGGCUUUUUAGUUUGUGUAGUUGAAAUAAGUGGAGUAGGUCAGUGUGUCUUGAUAAAUUAGUGAAGUAAAAUAUUCAAUUAAUUAGUCGUUCCU